AUGCGCCCAUACUACCACCCGGUUACGGAGACAGGAGGGAGAGUUCCACUAGAAGAACCAGUAACCGCCACCCGAAGGAGCAGACUCACGCAAGCCGCUGUAUCGACGCAGCCAACACCAAUCACCAGGAACCGAUCCCAGACCGGACGAGGGCAGAAGAGGACUAAUGCUGGAACCACCGUCGAUCCAGCAGAGCAACAGAACCCACCAACACAGGCGAGCGGCAGCCAAAGGCCGCAGAGGCAUAUCAUGCCCACUCGGAGGGCUAUGGAAGCAAACGGGAAUAGCACGCGACGAACACAGGGCGGCAACAGCCAGCACAUGGAAAUCGACUCUGACAACGAAGCAUGA